AUGGAUUUUGUUUUUAAUAUAAUAAUAAUAUGGAGACCUAGAGCAACAAGAAAAGAUACAAAAACUUGUUUUGGUGAAACUGGUGGUAUUGGUUUACUUGAUCAUGGCGAAGGUGAUAUUGGUUUAUUCGAUUCUGGCAUAGCUGGCACAGGUGGUGCAUUAUCUUGCGGUGCUGUUCCUGGUUGUGUUAACAAUUAUUAUAUUUGUCGUACAAGUUCUACAACAUUUAUCAAAUUUAUUAUUAUAUUUAUAUAUUUUUUUCUUGUUACAUCAAAAUGUUCCGAAGAUGGUCUCAACAUGGUCGAAAAUUCAACAAAUUCAUUAUAA